AUGGGAAAGGUUAUCCGUUUGAGUAACAUCGGAUUGAAAAGAAUUCCUUGCGUUCAGGUUCGAUGUAGGAGAAAUGAAUUCAACGUAUAUCUGAAGAAAUAUUUUGCGAGACCGUUCGACUAUUGGGCACUUGAUGCCGACUCGAAAACGAAUUUGGGUGAUGUGGUAUUGAUUCAUCGAAUUGAUCGAACACAACGUCCAACAACAGUCGUUAUGCAUCAAGUGGAACGAAUUGUUUUCAAGUACGGUAAUAUCAUUGACCCGAUUACAAAGAAACGUGUGAUUCAAGACGAAUUCAGCGAUGAAAUCGAAUUGAAACAACGAUUGGUCAGAGAGGAUGCAUUACUGUUCGAAGAAAGGCGCGCCAUCCAGAAGGAACGUCUCACUGCGAGGAUGUCAGCCGUCAAGAAAUCUCGAUGA